AUGUCUCGUCGCCCAAUCUCAACAUCCCCAACCCCUGGGCCUCACGACGACUCAAAACGACCACCGAAACGUCCACGAAUAGAUCAUCUUACACCAGAUUCCUUCAGGAAUGGCGUGUUUCUCGCACCAAUGGUUAGAUCUGGUGCUUUACCAACGCGAUUAAUGGCUCUCAAGCAUGGCGCGACGCUAGUUUGGGGCCCUGAAAUGGUAGACAAAGCCAUAUUACAUGCAGAACGUGAGGUUGACCCUGUUACUGGUGUCAUCUCAUACAACGGCAAGUCUCGCGCCAUGUUCACGACGCAUCCUCUUGAGAAGCCCUACCUGGUAUACCAAAUCGGCUCCGCCGACCUCGAGCUAGCAGUACAGGCCGCCAAAACCGUUAUGCAGGAUGUUUCAGGCGUCGACCUCAACUGCGGGUGCCCGAAACCCUUCAGCACACACGCUGGCAUGGGUGCGGCUCUGUUGACGAAUCCGGACCUUCUUUGUGGAAUAUUGGAGGCUCUAAGGAGGGAGUUGCCGAAGGAAAUCAGUGUGUCAGCGAAAAUCAGACUGCUUGCAACUCAGGAAGACACGAAGAAGCUGGUAGAAAGGAUUGCAAGGACAGGUGUGAAUGCGAUCACAGUACACUGUCGGACAAGAAACAUGAGGCCGAGAGAGCGAGCGCUAGUCGAGAGGCUGAGAGAGAUCGUUGAAUUUGUGCAUGAGCUGGGUCUAGACGUGGCGAUAAUACAAAAUGGAGACUCUACAGGAAGGGAAGAUGCAAAGCGCAUUAGAGAGCUUACAGGCGCAGACUCAGUCAUGAUUGCAACUGCGGCCGAGUCAAAUCCAUCGUGUUUCUCCGCGACACCCCUUCAAGAUGUAGAGUCAACACUUAUGCCUUCAUAUUUGCGCCUCUGCAAAUACUUGGAUAACCACUGGUCUUCUACAAAAUUUUGUGUCACUCAAUUCAAGGGUAAACGCUCAGAGCUGUCAAAGACGGAUGCACACGAGCUGAAGUCGAGGAUAGCGAAAGCCAAGGGAUAUGAAGACCUCGAGGAUAUCGUUGGGAGCUGGACGGGCGAGGAAGAAUUCAAGGAAAUCAUGAGGGUUGUGGAGGCACGUCCACUGCGAACAUCUGCAGAGGCAGAACAGGGAGAGGCAGCGGAGGAAAAUAUACCCCCACCGUGCGUAACACCUCCCGAACGCCCCAACCCCGAGCCGCCAUCGUCUGGAGCACCGAAAAUGGGUCUUAGAAUGCCUCUGCCUGCAAUCAUAACAGGCAGUGACGCAGUCUCACCUACACCCACUCCUGGUGGUAUGUGGUAA